ACACGCGGACUUUAGCCUGUUCAGUUUUUCUCUGCUUGGUCGAAAGAGGUCAAAGGAGGUUGGAGGGGCGGCGGCGCCGGGCACCACCGAUAUGUAUACAAUCCCAUUUCAUGGGCUUCUUUCCGUUUUCACGAUACAGAAGUUACAGUACGAUCAAAACCCCUCUCUCCAAAUUCACACAAACGGUCUCGACCUCACUCUUCCCUUCAAAUCUCACAAGCUUAUUCCCCGAACAAUCCACCACCACCACUUCCGCUGCCGCUGAACCCAACAAAAAUGAAGAUGAUAUUCAUCAUCAAAGGGUCAAACCCACCAAAAGCAAGAAAGCCCGAAAAAUGGCCCUGCUUAUCAAUGCAAAGCCCUGGUCAGCCCAGCUUGAAUCCUCCCUUUCCACCCACACUCCCCUCUCCGAGACCAGCUUCCUUCAAACCCUCCGCCUCAUCAAGUCCCCUGCCAACGCCCUCCAAUUCUUCAACUGGUCUCGUAACACGGGUUUCACUCACAGCGAGCACUCCUACUUCUUCAUGCUCGAAAUUCUUGGUCGGGCCCGGAACCUCAAUUCCGCUCGAAACUUCCUCCUGUCUAUUCCAACAAAAUCCAACAAUACUAUACCACUCACUGACAAGUUUUUCAACAGCUUGAUUCGGAGCUAUGGUAAUGCCGGGCUUUUCAAGGAAUCAAUAAAGUUGUUCGAAACCAUGAAAUCAAUGGGUAUUUCGCCUUCUACAUUUACAUUUAAUAAUUUGUUUUUUAUUUUGCUCAAAAGAGGUCGGACUGGAAUGGUUCUUGAGUUCUAUGCUGAAAUGCUUAGGACUUACGGUGCGAAGCCCGAUUUAUACACGUUUAAUAUAUUGAUAAGAGGGUUUUGUAUGAACUCGAGGAUGGAUGAUGCAUUUAGGUUCUUUAAAGAAAUGGAGUUGUUUAAUUGCAAACCGGAUUUGAUAACCUAUAACACGAUUGUUGAAGGGUUGUGUAGAGCAGGGAAAGUGACAAUUGCGCACAAUGUGGUAAAGGGUAUGUGUCUAAAGGGAGAAAAUUUGAUGCCGAAUGUUGUUACUUACACCACUUUGGUUAGAGGGUACUGUAAGAAGCAAGAAAUUGACAUAAUGUUAGAUCUAUUGAGGGAAAUGGUUGAUAAUGGGAUUAAGCCAAACGAGAUCACUUAUAAUACAAUUAUAAAUGGGCUUUGCGAAGCCCAAAUGUUUGAUAAGAUAAAAGAUCUGUUAGAAGGGUGGCGUGGAGAGCCUGGAGGAUUUGUGCCUGAUACAUGCACUUUUAACAUAGUGAUGAAUGCUCAUUGCAAAAUGGACGAUUUGAGUGAAGCAUUUAAAGUUUUUGAGAAAAUGAAGGAGCUAAAGGUCCAACAAGAUUCAGCCUCGUACAGUGUGCUAAUCCGGGGUUUGUGCCAGAAGUUGGAUUUUGGGAGGGCAGAAGAGUUGCUUGAUGAGUUAUUGGCAAAGGAGAUUCUGUUAUGUGAUGAUGGGUGCACUCCCCUUGCUGCUGCGUACAAUCCCAUUUUUGAAUAUCUUUGUCGAAACGGGAAAACGAAGAAAGCUGAGCAAGUUCUCAGGCAGCUAAUGAGUAGAGGAAUUCAGGAUCCUCCGGCAUAUAGAACUUUGAUCUUGGGGCAUUGCAAGGAAGGGACCUGCAUAGCUGGGCACAAGCUCUUGGUCUUGAUGUUGAGAAGACAUUUUGUGCCUGAUCGUGAGACUUAUGACUCCCUGAUUGAAGCUUUGUUGCAAAAUGGUGAACCAACCCUUGCCCAUGAUACUUUAAAAAGGAUGUUGAUAAGCUCAUAUCUUCCUAGAUCAUCUACUUUCCAUCGUAUUCUCACGGAACUUGUCAAGCUGGGUUCUGCUCUUGAAUCUGCUAGCUUAGUGAUAUUAAUGUUAGAGAAAGAGAUCAGACAAAACAUCAAUCUGUCAACAGACACUGUUAAGCUUCUCUUCAUGCGUGGCUUACGGGAUAAGGCAUUUGAGGUGACUAGAAGUCUUUAUGAGAGUGGUUAUGUUUUGAGUAUGGAAGAAUUAAUUUCAUUCCUUUGUGAUGGCAGAAAGUUGAUGGAGGCAUAUGAAUUGGUUGGUUUUAGUCUGAAAAAUGAUCAUAAUAUUGACGUGGCUAUAUGCAGUACUGUUUUGACAAGUCUUUGUAAAGCCCAUAAAGCAUCUGAAGCAUUUGACCUUUACUAUAAGAUGAUAGAGAAGGGAAUUCAACAACCUUUGGGCUGCGUAGAAGACUUGAGAAGUAUUCUUGAAGCUGAAGGGAAAUUGAAGGAAGCUGAAUUUGUUACUAAGAGGAUGCCAAGUCCAUCGCAGUUGGAUGGAUCUGGUUAAGACUUGAGGUUUAAGCUGAGAUUUUGAUACUUGUAGUACUUUCGUUUCUAUCACUUUUCUUUAUAAGGAGUUGCACAGCCCUUUGUAAUUCUUUCUGCGUUCUCUUGCUGGCCGUUGAUCAAGAAUCUUUUAGAUGUACUAAUCAUCUGAAAACCACACAUGUAUGUUUUUCAAGCAGGAUUAUAUGUUAGAGACUAUUUACAUAACGUGAAAUUAUGUGGGUCGGGGGUAGGUUUAUGGGUCAAACCCUCCCAAACCGACCCAGUCCUAAAUAAAAAAAUGUGAAACUAUUCUGCAAUCAAGCGUGAAGAUCCUUCUUUCACUCACAACGUUGAAACCUAGCCUGCCUUGUGGCGAAAUUGGCGGCCACUGAUCUGAAAGUCACCCCUAUUCUUAUUUCUUUCAAGUUUCAUUAUUCGCCCUUGUCCCCAUUGAGAGCAGUAGCCAGAGUCUCUGCAGGACAUAUGCAGUUCUUCGCUUGUGCUCCAUUUUGCUCGAUGUUGCCUGGUUCAUUCUCUUCUCUCAUGAAAUCUGAUGCGACCUUUUCCUAUUCAUCAUACUUAUAGAUUUCUAGUUUAAUUUCUUGUUCUUCAUUUCCAUAUCAUGUAUACAAUCUUGGCAUGUUGUAAUUCAAGAAAACAGUAAGAAACCUCUUUAAUUCCCAAAUUUAUAUGUACAUCUUCAAUUUCAAUUCACAAGUUGAACAA